AUGCUUUGCAACCCGAUCACGCCUACAACUUUCAUGUUUUUUCCUCGAUCAGGUUCCGAUAUCUCCAAGUUUGUUGUUUCGAAUUCGACUUCUCUACCGCAACACGCUAUUAAAUUGCUUGACCAUACCGAUCAUAGCGGUCCAGGUACACCAGCUAUCGCCACACGGGUGUCGUCGGCGCCUUCAGCUAUGUCGGUGACACUUAAAUCAGCGAAGCUAAAACCAUCAGCUUUGUCAUCCAAUGCCAUUCAUCGGAAGGGACAAACAGGUAUGAACGGAGGACGCUGGACCGAGCAAGAACAUCAGAGAUUUCUUGCGGGCUUACGGCUGUACGGUCGUGAGUGGAAAAAAGUGGCCGGCAAGAUAAAGACGCGUACGUCUGCACAAAUUCGUAGCCACGCACAGAAAUACUUUGCAAAACUCGCACGGGACGACGAACUACGCAAGCACUGCGGGCUAUCGGUGAGAAUACCUGGGCCAGCCGAUUAUUUCAGCGAUGGUGGCUCCAUCGCACAAAACAGUAGUGAUGAUGAUGCCGAUCCGUCGGAUGUAUUGCGUCAAAAAUUCCCUGGGCGCUCAACGUGUCAAACUAAAGGAGCCGGUGAUAUCACCGUUGCCCCAAUGAGUUUGGCAGUAGGCAGACUAUACCAACAAACUCUCGAGCCAAAGAAUAAACGAUCGCGCGAUACAGAGGCAAGUUACAUGGGUCAGCUAGGAAUAGAUUUGCCUGCCUCUACGUAUCCAUACAAGCUUUAUCAACGACCGCAUGAUGCGCUUCCGUCGCAAGAAGAGCUGCUAGCAAAGGCGUCUCCUAAUUUACGUUAUCGACUGUCCUGUCUCAUCGAAGCAGAGCUGUGUGCGCUUCAAGUUCUUUCGUGCUAUGCCAUGCUGCAGCAGCAAGAUUACGUCUCGGCAUCUCGCCAUAAAGUUGGGCGACAAGAAAGACGCCGUAAUUUAGAUGCCUCAGCAAGUACUGCCACUACAGAAAGCGCUACCUCAUUGUCGCUUGGACUCUCGAUGCGAUCCACGCAGCAGAUCUCAUCGACUUCGUCUAUUUAUUAA